UUGGUUAAUAUGCAUGUAAAGGACACCAAAAGGAAAUAGCAGUAGCCUUAUAUAAACUUAAGGCCCGAUAACAAGCCACUAAAAAGUGUGCAUCUGUUAAAUUGUACAAAAAAGAAUGAAGGUUCAAUUUUUAAUAGUAUUUUUUCUUACAGCUGUUCGAUGCCAGGCGACAGAAUCUGUUCUCGAUUUGUUUCCAGAAUUCAAACGAGAAAUUGGGAGAAUUGAUGGCCUGGAAAGAGAAAACAAAGCAUUGAAAGCAGAGAUUGAAGCAAGAGGACCAGAUAAAGUUGCGUUUAUGGCUAAGAAUGCACCUCAUUUAAAGAACAUCCCUGGAAAUCAUAUUAUAGUAUACGACACAGCUAUAACAAAUGUAGGCAACGGAUACGAUACGUCCACUGGGAUUUUUACCGCUCCUUCAAAUGGCAUCUACAUUUUUUCCUGGACAGUUCUAACUCAACAAGGCUUUAACUUUCUCACUUAUCUCGCUGUAAACGGAAACGUGAUAGCCAGAAAUUACGUAGAUGCGUACCAAAUACGAAACAACAUCUCAGGAAGUCAGAAUGCUGUAAUUAACCUUAAAAAGUACGAUAAAGUAUCCGUCAGAAUGCGAAAUGGAUUAUGGGGAAAUGACAUGCAUGGUGAUGGUUGGUCAACUUUCAACGGUUAUAAACUAUAUAACAUGUAAAAUUAUAGUAUUAAUAUUAAUAAAAAUCUUGCAGAU